UAGUGACAUUAACUGCCAUUCUAGUUGAAAGUGGUAAGCGUGUAGGUUAUGGUGCACAGUUUGUUUUUCGCUUCAUCUCGGGUUGCAACAUUGUCUACGUGAGAUAUACUGUUGUUGGAAUACCAGAAGUUCGCGUGUGGUGAAGUUCUUGGAAGUGGUAUAAUUGCAGCAAGUUUUUCUUUUAUCGUUUUUAUAUUCCGGCCGCUUCAGUAAGUACACUAAUAGUGAUGGCAACAGAAGCGCAGAGACUAAUAAGCAUUUCUCUGACUAAAAUAGCGCAGUCUCGCGCCCAACGCGGCGGUGUUAGCCUCCACAAAAAUCUUUUGGUUGCUACGGUUCUCCAGAAGGCGCGUUACAUUUUCAUGGAGGAAGCAUACCACAUGGUUCAAUCCCAACAGAGUGGUGCCAGUGGUGGUGGUUACACGACAUCAACCACAGCAACAACCCCGCAGGAUCAGCAGCAGCAGCAAGACGAAUACGAGCAGAACUACGACGAUGAAGGACUUGUAGCUUUAACACCGGAGGAGGCUGGCAGUGGAUCUUCACAACAUACAACACCACACUCCGAAGACGCGUCGUCCGGAGUUAACCAUCUCCAAGAAUUUCUUCAACCUUCAACGUCCUGUGUACGGUGUGCAGAUAAUAUCACGUCCUCCCUUCCAUCAUAUGAAGAUGACAAAGAAAACCAAACGCCACCCCCAUAUCACACAAAUCCCGCCACUCCUCAGAGUGAAGUCCCUACAUAUUUAGACCUGGACAAAUCACCCGCUCGUGGAGAGAGUGUUCUACGAGACAGAUCGAAUGCAACAAGUACGUGUUCUUCGACGAGGUGCCUUAAGAGACGGAGGGCUGUUGGGGAGUGGGAGACAGAAGAAGCUAUUUCAACUAUUCUACCCAAGCGUGCGAAGACAUCGGCUGCGUGUUGUGAGGGUGAUGACUCCGUGUUCCUGGACGACGCUUCCCUGCUGGCGGACUGUGUUGUGACAUGCGGCGAAGAAGAUGAAGAGGAUGUGACUGUUCAGGAUGAUGAGAAAGGGUCCACGACAAUGGAAAUCGAUCGUAUUACAAGCCUUGUGUCCAUAUUCAGUUUCGGCAGCCUUGCAGGAAAUGCGGCAGCGGUAGCUGCGGACAUGUCGGCGGGAACGGGAAUUGGGAAGCUAACCCGUUCGGUAUCCACCCCAGACCUGUGUUCGUCUCAAGCCAAGGAGGGUGUUGAUGUUCUGCAACAGAGGCCGUUUCUUGCGAUGACUGUGUAAAGAUGUAAUUAAAAUAACGGACAAUCCAUGUGUAAAGAUGGUAAAACAAUUGACAAUCCACCGGUUUUUGUAUAUCGCGUAGACAUGCCGAAAGUGAAUCAGACAGUUCGUUACGCUGUAUCCAUUGACUCAUUCCACCCCCUCUCGUGAUAGGCAACGUCCGUCUGUACUAGUUCUUUGAAGAAAGAGCCCCCCACUUCGUAGUUUUCCGUUACGGCAAAAUUGUUGCUACCCCCAUCCCUCUGUCUUUAAAAUCUCUGCUUAGGGUUCACUACCCAAGCCGUUGCUACAUCGAAACCGAGCAGUGUUGCCACGACCAGCAGGUAGUAAACGUAAACACAUUAAUCCAACGAACUUUGUGAUCUUUGAAUAGGAAUGUACAAUGGGACGUUUGCAGGAAGCUGUGUGAUAUUGAACUGAACAUAGUAGUGAAAGACAGUUGAGCAGUUCUGUGUUUAAAUUGCCAGUGUAUGAUACGGCGGCGAGCUGUACACGGAGGUCUAACCCAGAAGAUAAAAUCAUACAGUAUAUUUUUCUAAGUAUUGUGUUAAAAAUGUAUGAUUCAGUGUUCUGAAACGAGUUGUAAAUGAUAUUUUUUUAAAAGAUGUGUGGAAUUGUCUUUAAUGAUUUUGUACUUGGUUUCUGCAUCAUACUAGUUUCAAAGCCUAGGCAGAUUUUAUAUUGGUACUUAUAUACAAAAAGCCCCACAUAUUUACUUAGCAACGGACCUAAAUUGGUGAAGGCCAAAGUUGGAAAUCACUUCUCAUUAAUGUUUCGAUUUUAAUUUGUGAAAACUACCGAUCCUGACUGCUGUGAAGGACAGGCGUUGUGGGACCGGUUGAAAUUUGCCCCUCCUCUCACUCCCCCUUCUGCAUUCUCGUGGACUGGGGGGAUCUCUACCCUGAUCUGCUAUAAAGGAAACUCGGGCCAGGUGUCUGCACCCAGGAGGCUCUUUGUGAACCCUUCAGACAGCGACUGGAAAAGAGGGUGUUGAAUAAGGGACCAAGAAUGGACUGGAGGGUUCAGAUUAUUGUAACGCAGUGUUGCCAGAAACGCAUAAUGCUACUGUUAACUGGAAUCAGUGUACUCCGAUUAUUGCAAUUUGUUUGACACUUGCAACUAGCAAAAUUGAAAGCUACGAAUGAUUAUUUUCCUUUAAUGGAACUCUCUGCGCUCCUAAGAAUUUUUGUUUUCCUGUUGUAAAGAGAUUACAGGUUGUCUAGUGAUUGAUUCACGGUGGCUAUGUAAAUUCGCUUUAAUCUAAAUUUAUUUCAACUCUGUUUUAGGAGUUUUGUAAAUAUAUAUAAUGGUAAAAAUACAAGGAAAAAAAAUUUAAA